AUGUAUCCUUCACGCUUCACAUGCAUAAUCGCUACAGAGUAUUACAUGGCGACUAAUCAUGCUAACGCCGUCGCAUCCAACUCCACAGCCGCUCUUGUCAAACCCACAAAAGAAACCAAGUCCAAGAAGCCGCUAGAUAUGCGAAAGAUAAGACUACAACAUCCGCAACAAGGAAAAGAUUUCACCGUGGAUUUUGUAAACGAUGAUGGUAAAACAGUUUGUAAUCUAUGCAAAAAAACCUUUGAGAAGAUGGAAUUCCUUUACGGUCACAUGGAGGGUCAUUCUGAUGGCGAUUGGAAGACAUUCUUCACAGUGCCUAAAACCCCUACUGUGAUCAAGGUGGCUGAUUCAAUGCUGCCCCAGUACUUAGGUGGAAGUUGA